UUAGAGAAUAAAAUCCCAGCACAAUGCUCUUCAACAGAGACACUGAUCCAAGUCCAGAGGAUAUGGCAACCGAGUCUCCCAGGUGUUCGCUGCCAGAAUUAUAUGCAUUUCUUGAGAAUUUUAAUAAGGAGAGCAAAAAAUCGAAUCUCCUAAAAAUUUACAGUAUUUCUCCUAGUGAAGCGCAGAAAAUACUUGGUCAAAACCAGAAUGCCAUGCCAGUCCCCAGCGGACCUAACGUGAGAGAAGAUCCCCGGCCUGCUUUCAUGGGCAAGGCGGUUAGAAAAGGGCAGGGCAGCCCAGAAGCCAUGACUGAAUUCCUACGCUGCAGCAUACUGACCUGCUCGCUCGCUCCAGUGGACAGACUCGCCAAAUCCCAGCGGAGACUAACCCAGUAUGGGAUCCCUCCUCCCUCAUACACGUUUCCAUCCGAGAUUCUCACUGAUGCCUCCAACUCUUUGGACCCCACAAAGAAGAUUCAGAACACCAAGCUGGCCAUUCCCCAUGUCAAGCCAGAAAAGAUUGUCUUUGAAGAUACAGUUCCUGAAUAUUUAUUAGUUGAUCCAGGUAAUCUAAACGGAUAAAGCCAUGUGGGAGAAAACAAGUGGAAAUCUCACUGCAAAAUUUACCUAGAUUUUUAUAGCUGGAAUAGUCAAAUAUUGACCCAUAGGAAUUCUGCAGUUCUGGGGUUCAUGUCUGAUGCUCUUGUUGCCAGCGAUGGCAACGGGAAAUAGAGGACAAGGAAUCAAACAUUCCAGGGUCAAACCUCAGACUCAUUUCCAAAAAGGUUUAUUAGUUCGACACGGCAUUUCACCUUUUAUAAAAUGAGCAUUUGGUUAAACUUGGACUUUAAAGCACCCAUAACUAUUUGUUUCUUGAAGUUAUUCAAGUGUUUACUGAAUAAUGGGGCAGGAGCAGUAUCUGGGCCAUAGGUAACCUGCUCAAAUAUCACCAAACAGGAAGGAUGAAAUAGACCAGCCCUCCGGAUGGUUUGCUUACUCAUUAUUCUCCUUCCACUUCUUGCACUCAUCUUGGCUGUUUGGCCUCCAGUUUUACACUCAAGCCCCUGCCUUAGGCCUUGUGUUUUUUGUUUGUUUGUUUUUAGGUUUAUAAUUUUUUUAGUCAUGAAAUAAAAUGAAGGGAAGGGAAAGGGAAAUGGCUGCUGAGUAGGGGAAUAUGCUGCAUAUCUUGUCUGUGGUUCACUGGCUCCUUGAAGGAAUUGCAACUAAUAAUGACACUCCGCACUGGUAGGUCCUGAAAGAGUAGGGAACACGGCCAGAUUCUAGCUGACCCACUGCCCUUAUGUGCUCAGGACUUACAGCAGCAUCUUGGAAGAAAUGACACUAAUAAUCUAUGUACUUCUGAUCAAUCAGUCAUUAGGAUCUUUUUCUUCUGUCUCUCU